UCUGCUCUCUUUCUUCAUUCCUCGUUCUGUUGGAGGCACAUCGCUAAUCUACUCCACUCUUGUCCAAUUUUUCUUUUAAUCGAUUUUCACACCAGUGUUUUAAUGUCACGUCGGGAAAGACGCUUAUCAAAAUGGAGAUAUCACAUAAAUUCAGUUGGGACCUUGUCCUGAUUUUGGCAGCGGCACUUACGUCACCUGCAAUCACGGUGCUGUGUAAUGACAUCCUGGGUCUGAAGGUGGCAGGAGAUCCAGUGCUGACCCCUACCUCUGUCUGCCUGCGGCUGGCGGGCCUGAGCAAGCGUCAGAUGCGUCUGUGUGUUCGGAGCCCCGACGUGACGGCUUCAGCCCUGCAGGGCAUGCAGGUGGCCAUCCACGAGUGCCAGCACCAGCUCAGAGAUCAACGGUGGAACUGUUCUGCCCUGGAGAGCCUCAACAAGCUGCCUCACCAGAGCGCAAUCCUCAACAGGGGCUUCAGGGAGACUGCCUUCUCUCUGUCCCUGUUGGCAGCGGGUGUGGCACACUCCGUGGCUUCUGCCUGCAGCUUGGGCAAGCUCCGUGACUGCGGCUGCGAGGCCAAGCGUCGCCUGGACGAUGACAAGAUCCGUCUCAAACUCACCCAACUGCAGCUGCAGACCCUACAGAGAGGCGGGGCCAGAGCGGGCAUGGGAGGGGACAGGGGAGGAGGCCCCCCCACCCCCCAGGAUUUCAGAGAAGUGCCAGCCAGCCAGCGUUCUGGUUCUACCCACCCCACCUCCCUCCUCAAUCCCCUGCCAGAGGACUUCAGCCCCCAGCAGGAAACCUGGGAGUGGGGGGGCUGUAGCCAUGACACCCGCUUCGGUGAGAGAUUCUCCAGGGAUUGGUUGGACUCCCGGGGGACUCCGAGGGAUAUCCACGCCCGCAUGAGGAUCCACAACAACAGGGUGGGCCGACAGCUUGUGACUGACAACAUGAAGCGGAGGUGUAAGUGCCACGGCACGUCAGGCAGCUGCCAGUUCAAGACCUGCUGGUACGUGUCUCCUGAGUUCAGGCUGCUGGGUUCUCUGCUGAGGGAUAAGUUCCUCACCGCCAUCUUCAUCAACUCCCAGAACAAGAACAGCGGGGUGUUCAACCCCCGGGUCGCAGCUGGCAAUGGAGCCUUGAAUGGGGUUAGGAACGGGGCCGGAGUAGGAUCCAGAUCUGGGUCUGGGGGCGUGGGUAGCCCAAACAAUGUGGGUCGGCGGAGGCCGAGUGUGUCACGGGAGCUGGUCUACUUUGAGAAGUCUCCAGACUUCUGUGAGCGGGAGCCGUCCCUGGACUCCUUGGGCACCCAGGGACGGAUCUGCAACAAGACCAGCCACAGCAUGGACAGCUGUGGGUCCCUGUGCUGUGGGAGAGGGCACAAUAUCCUGAAGCAGACACGUAGUGAGAGGUGCCACUGCCGCUUCCACUGGUGCUGCUACGUGCUCUGUGAGGAGUGUCGAGUCACUGAGUGGGUCAACGUCUCCCUUUCAGCCAUGAUAAUCAGAAUGCCCUGGACCCCAUCUGCUGUUCUGUUCUGCGCUCCCCUGGUCUCUGUUCAGAAACAAAGAACACUCAAACAGCAGAUGGUGAAAUUGAGCUGAAGUCGUAAUAGUCAACAAAGCCUGAACACAACAGUGGGAUGCUGGAAAACAGAUAAGUCAUGUCACGAGUUCUGAUAUGGAAUGUGGUAAUGAACUCCAGAGGACGAUUAUACUCAUUGAACAUUUUGCACCUGCACCUCAAGACUAAUCGGUUUCAAUUCUUUCAUUCCGAUUCUUCAUUGCAUGAAUCAGGAGGAACUAAGGAAACAGAACUAAAGAGAACCAGGCAUGAUGGUUCCUCAACGUGUUUCUACUACCAACGGAAACAGAACUAAAGAGAACCAGGCAUGAUGGUUCCUCAACGUGUUUCUACUACCAACGGAAUCAGAACCAGAGAGAACCAGGCAUGAUGGUUCCUCAACGUGUUUCUACUACCAACAGAAUCAGAACCAGAGAGAACCAGGCAUGAUGGUUCCUCAACGUGUUUCUACUACCAACGGAAUCAGAACCAGAGAGAACCAGGCAUGAUGGUUCCUCAACGUGCUUCUACUACCAACGGAAUCAGAACCAGAGAGAACCAGGCAUGAUGGUUCCUCAACGUGCUUCUACUACCAACGGAAUCCGAACCAGAGAGAACCAGGCAUGAUGGUUCCUCAACGUGCUUCUACUACCAACGGAAUCAGAACCACAAGUCAUCUAGUGGGGACAGUUUUUUUCUGUCUGUGGAUUUUCUUGGAGAAGGAAGCCCAUGUCUGGCUCUUGGUUGAGGGAUGUUUUUGAUCUCUCGUCAUACUGAACUACAGGUCAUUUAGGGAAUACUGCACCUAGAACUGUACCACUCAUAACCAGGAAAUGACCACACACACUGUAUUAUUGCUGUUUCUUUUGUUUUGUGAUUAUGUUUUAUUUAGUGAAUCAAUAUAAUUAUUAUGUCUCAAAUAUGCCUCUACUUACUGUUGCCGGACGGAAAUUGUCUCAUUCCAUUGUGAGAACAGCUGUGAUUAUAGGUCUCUGCAUUUCUGAUAAGUUUCAAUGCUAUGAAAUGUAUGGGAAGUAGUACAUGAGUCCCCACUUCGAGAGAAAGGUAGAGAAUUGGCACACGGAUUGAGUAUAUCAAACCCAGGCAAGGCAUGCUCUAUUCCCAUGACCUGGAUUAGGGAGCUGAUGGUGAGGUGGGGUGAGGUGUGGGAGGGUUGGAGGUUUUGGGCAUAACCCACUUGGAACAACUGGUUGAAUUAACAUUGUUUCAACGUAAUUUGUCAAUAUAUUGUGACGUGGAAUCUAUGUGGAAAAAACAUUUGAUUUGAAAAAAAGUAAACAAUAUUUUUUUUCUAUUAAAUAGGCACAUUCUCCUCCUCUCCCCUGCAACUCUUCCCCACAACUCUUCCCCAGGUCCUUAGUGUACAAGAGAAAGUAGUGCACUAUGUUUUCUGCCAAAAUGCCUGGUAAAAUAAUGGUUAAUAAAUGACUCUAAGGUGGGCCCUAUAAAAUGUGUGCUUUCCCCCCCAAAAUGAUCUUUUAUGUUUGCCCAAAUUAUGUUCUCACAGUUUUAUUUUUUCCUCUUUUUAGAUUUUCUGUCUCUUUUUUUUUCACUCUCAAAUUUACAGAGAAACAACACAGUUGCAUGUUCUGAGCCCAUGUCAAUGCUUAAAUCACAUAAGAAGACAAUGUUUUAGGUCUGGAAGAAAAUGAACACUUUUUUAAAUGUAAUUUUUUUGUGUAAUUCCCCUUUAAUUGCGCACCUGGCCAUUUAAUUCCGCACAUCAAUGACCACAUUUUGAGGUUACUGUAACUAUACAUUUCUUCUUAUGUAAUCAUAUAAAGCAUGCAUGAUCACAAGAAAGUAAGUACGCAUACUAUACAUGGGGUCAGUUCCAGUAGCACAUUUACAAUGUGCAGAGAUCCUGGAGUGAUGAAGGUACAUACACUGCUGUUGAAAAGUUUGGGGUCACUUAGAAAUGUUCUUGUUUUUGAAAGAAAAGCAAACAUUUUUGUCCAUUAAAAUAACAUCAAAUUGAUCAGAAAUACAGUGUAGACAUUGUUAAUGUUGUAAAUGUCUAUUGUAGCUGGAAACAGCUGAUUUUUUUAUGUAAUAUCUACGUAGGUGUACAGAGGCCCAUAAUCACCAACCAUCACUCCUGUUUUCCAAUGGCACGUUGUGUUCGCUAAUCCAAGUUUAUCAUUUUAAAAGACUAAUUGAUCAUUAGAAAACCCUUUUGCAGGUAUGUUAGCACAGCUGAAAACUGUUGUGCUGAUUAAAGAAGCAAUACAACUGGCCUUCUUUAGACAAGUUUUAGUAUCUGGAGCAUCAGCAUUUGAGGGUUCGAUUACAGGCUCAAAAUGUCCAGAAACAAAGACGUUUCCUCUGAAACUUUUCAGUCUAUUCUUGUUCUGAGAAAUGAAGGCUAUUCCAUGUGAGAAAUUGCC